AUGUCUUUCUUCAAUAACCUCAAAAAGGUGCUGCACCUAGGCGGCGGCAAUGACGCCAAAAAGAAAAAAGUUUUCAGCAACAUACGCGACAACUCCGAUCCCAAUGAGAACUGGGAUAUGGUCGGCGAGCUCGGAGAUGGCGCUUUUGGAAAGGUAUACAAAGCGCAGCACAAAACGACGGGCCAGCUCGCCGCCGCCAAGAUGUGCGUGCUCGACAACGAGGACGACUUGGCGGAUUUCACCGUCGAGAUAGACAUAUUGUCCGAGUGCCGCCACCCCAACGUCGUCGAGCUCCACGAGGCGUACUUUAUUGAUAACAAGCUGUGGAUGCUCCUCGAGUAUUGCGACGGUGGCGCCCUCGACUCGGUGAUGUCGGAGCUGGAGAAGGGGCUUAACGAGGCCCAGAUAGCGUACGUGUGCCGCGAAAUGUGCCGCGGCCUGCAGUUCCUGCACUCGCGCCGCGUCAUACACAGGGACCUGAAGGCUGGCAACGUGCUGGCGACCAUGACUGGGGGGGUCAAGUUGGCGGACUUCGGCGUGUCAGCGAAGAACAAGUCAACUCUGCAGAAGCACGACACGUUCAUCGGCACGCCCUACUGGAUGGCGCCCGAGGUGGUGCUGUGCGAGACCUUCAGAGACCAUCCUUAUGAUUUUAAGGUGGACAUUUGGUCGCUGGGCAUCACGCUGAUCGAGUUCGCGCAGAUGGAGCCGCCCAACCACGAGAUGACGCCCAUGCGCGUGCUGCUCAAGAUACAGAAGAGCGAGCCGCCCGCCCUCGACGCGCCCUCGCGCUGGUCGAAGGCGUUCAACGACUUCAUUGCCAAGGCGCUUGUUAAGGAUCCUGAAAAAAGGCCAACAUCAUUAGAGCUGCUUAAACACGAGUUCGUCUCCGGAGACCUGGACUCCAAACCUCUCAGGGAUCUCCUCCUGGAGUACCGCGCUGAAGUUGUGGAGGAGGAGUUAUUAGAUGAUGAUUCUGAGGAGCACCGCAGCUCCCAGAUGCAUGUGGACAUGGAAGAUGACUCGACGUCGGUGCGGUCGGGCGAGACGCCGGACAUCAAGAUGUCCGAGGCGGAGCCGACCCCCGGCGCUACCCCCAGCCCCGCGCCCGCCGCGCGCGCCCCGCCCUCGCCGCGCGCCGCCUCGCCCGCCCCCGCCGCGCCGCCCGCCCCCGCGCCCGCCGCCGCCUCCGCGCCCGCCCUCGCGCCCGCCAAGCGCGCGCUGCCGGACGACGCGCCCGCUGACAGGAGACCGCCGGCACCAAAGAAAGAGAAAGGCCCCGCGCCCCCUCCCCCCGGCGCCGCCGCGCCGCCCUCCCCGCCGUCCCCGCCCUCCCCCGCGCCGCCCGCCGGCGCCGCGCGCGCCGCCCGCAAGCAGCCCGCCCCGCCCCCGCCCACGCCGCCCGCCGCCACGCCCUCCGCCCUCGCUGGACACAUUGUGGAACAGGUUUGCCGCGAAGCAGAAAAAGUGGUAGAAGAAAAAUCGGAUAAAACAGAAAUAAAGGAAGUUAAUGAUGAUAAAGAUGUUAAACCAAAGCCUGAUAGAUUAGCCACUCCUGAAUCCACGAAUGAGAACAGAACGGUCAAUGGGACGACCAUUGAUGACAAACUGAGCGAAGUUAACAAAACUAGUCCAAAAGUUAACAAAACAAGCUCAGAUGUUAACAAAACGAGUCCAGACGUUAACAAAUCUAACAAAGAAGUUAACAAAGUCAUAGAAAUUAAACGAUCGAGCUUGGAAAUCAACGAUGUCACCACAGAUGUUAAAAAAUCAAGUCUAGAGAUUAACAAAGAUGUUAAAAAAUCUAAUCUGGAAAUUAACAAAGAUAACAAAGUGGUCGACGUCAAGCCAAUUGUCGAUGUUAAAACUGCUGAUGUUAAGCAAAUCAGUGUAGAACAAAAAAUUGAUAAAAUAAGUACUGAUAAUAAAUCUAAAGUGGAAGUACGCAAGAGUGCAGAUGACGUGCGUCUAAAUGAACAAGUUAAAAUGCAAACUACAGAUAUAAGUAAAUCUAGUAUAGAAAUAAGUAAUGAAGUCAAGCCAGAAAAUCGCGCUAUAACAGAUAUUAUAAAAAAUGACAAAAAAGAACGGUCCAGAUCGAGUUCAACAGAGAUAUGUGAGAACAAGAGAGUGAGUGCUGAAGUGAGUCGUAUCGAAUCUAGGUCCAGGUCGGUGGACGACAAGGACAGAUAUAGUGUGGAAGUGAAGAGAGAUAGAGUGAGUAAGGACUAUUCGAGAUCGAGCUCCAUAGAAGAGAGUGGUGUGAGACAAGUGGAGAUACGACCUGUACCGGCGCCGGCCGCGGCGGUGUCGGCGGUGACGGUGGUGGCGGUGAGCGCGCCGGCCGAGCCCAACUCGCUGGCGGCCGCGCCCGUGGGCCUCGUCACCGUCACCACCACGCACCCGCCCGUGCUCAGCACCGCGGCGCAGCUGCCUCACAACGCGGUGACGAUCUCGACGACGCCGCCCAUGGACGAGGUGGUGGUGGUGCGCGCCGCCUCCUCCGACGACGACGACGCCUUCGCGCCCUCCUCGCUCGACUCGCUCGACUGCACCGCCUGCUACACCGAGAAGGGUCGAGGCAGAAGACUUGACAGCAGUGAAGUGCUGAUCCUGAGCCCCGGCGCGGGCGACUCGGGCGUGUUCGAUGACAGCCAACACAAUCAUCUCAAUUUGGACACGUCGCACGUGUCGGUGGUGACAGUGGGCGAGGAGGUGCGCGUGCGCGACUCGGGCUCCGCGCCGCACACGCAGCCGCGCCUCAGCCCCGACAGCUUCGAGAGCGGCAGAUCGCAGUCGGACAGCGGGUCGGUGGCGUCGGAGCGGUCGCGGCGCGGCGACGCGGAUUCGCUGGCCACGUCCGCCGCUUCUGCCGUGUCCGCCGCCUCCGCCGUGUCCGCCGACGAGCACCACUUGGUGAACGGCGCUGCGAGAAAUUCGGAAAAUCAAGCCCUGGACACAGAAGAAGUUGUGCUGAGGAGAAAGCCGCAAGACGGACAGCCUAACAGAAUACAACGAUCCAAAGAAGAUAUUCAUUUAGCAAAUCUGAAAAAGAAGACGCGAAAACGUACGAGAAAAUUCGAGAUCGAUGGCGUCAUUGUUACCACUACGACCUCGAAGGUGAUCUGGGGCGACGAGGAGAGCGGGCGCACGUGGGACGACCACGCGCUGCGCAAGCAGGAGCUGCGCGAGAUCAAGAUGCUGCAGAAGCAGGAGCAGAAGCAGUUCCAGGACCUCAACGCGAAGGAGCAGCAGCUGCGCGACCAGCAGGAUAAGAGGUUCGAGGCGGAGCUGGCGUCGCUGGCGCGCGCGCACGAGGCGGACCUGGACACGCUGGCGCGCGCGCAGCGCGGCGCCGCCGAGCGCGCCGAGCAGCAGCUGGAGGCCGAGCUGCGCCAGCACGCCAAGCGCCUGCGCGCCGACCACGAGCGCGAUCUGCGGCACUUCCGCGACACGCUCAAGCAGGAGCUGCGGCUGCUCAAGCAGGAGGUGGAGCUCGUCGCCAAGGAUCGGCGCAAGGAGGCGUACCGGGUGGCGCGCGCGCGCCUGGACGCCGAGCACGCGGCGCGCGAGCGCGCCUUCGUUGCGGCGCUGGCGGACGCGGGCGACGCCGUGCUGCGCCGCGUGCACGACAAGCACCGCGAGCGGCAGGCGCUGGCCGACCGCCAGUACCUGCAGCAGCGGCACCAGAUAAUGCGAACUCGCGAAGCAGCGCUGUGGGAGCUAGAGGAGAAACAGAUACACGAACGCCACCAGCUCGCCAAGAGACAGCUCAAGGAGGAGUUCCUCCUGCGCAGGCACCAGAUGUUGGUGCGCCACGACAAAGAGCUGGAGCAGAUCAAACGAAAGAACAGCCGCAAAGAAGAGGAACUAGCGAAGUGCCAAGCGCUAGAGAAGCGCUCCCUGCCCAAGCGUAUCCGCGCCGAGCAGAAGGCCAGGGAAAUGAUGUUCCGGGAGUCUCUCCGCAUCGGCGCCGCGCCCACGCUCUCCGCGACUCUCCCGCACGAGGAUGAUAGAGAGAGACUGAAGAAGUUCCAAGAGAACGAGAAGCGUCGCUACCGCGCAGAGCAGCAGCGCCUCGCCACCAAGCACGCCAAGGCGCGCGAGGAGCUCAAGGCCGCCGGGGAGGCUCUGCUCCGCGAGCUGGAGCAGUACCAGAACGAGAAGCGCAAGGCGCUCAUGAACCAUGAGAGCGGCAAGAUGAAGGCCAUCGAGGAGAGGUACGCCGCCGAGCUCAAGGAGUGGCGCGCAGGACUCGCCGACAGGAAGACGAAACUCAUUGAGAUGUUCGAGAAACAGUUGGACGAUCACGAAAGCAAGUAUGGGAUAGCAAUACCUGAUAGGCGCGUGUACUUAGACGUCCCUUGGCCCAAAAAUGUACUGCAACACGUGCUUUCUGCGUACCACCAUCGCACAUCCUUCAUAGGAUCCCUAUCCAGGUCCAGGACUAGCUUAAACCUUGUCAUGUCCACAAACAAUACACCAAAUAUGGACAGACGAAGGAGUAUAAGUCCCAAUGCAGACUUCCGGCAAACGAAAUCAGCCGCGUCCAGCGCUACCAACACAACGAAACGCGGCAAACUAACUAAAGCCCAAAGAUACGGAUCGACGUCCAAUCUCAAAUUGGUUUCCGAAAAGAUUUCCGGAUUCUCGGUCUUCAACGGAUCUCCCAUCAUGGCGUAUGGAGAAGUGCCGAUAGAGACUGUCCAGAAAAUAGACGAAGAGCCAAAGAAAACCUUCGAGAGAUCAAAACCAGUGGAACGAAUGCCGAUUUCAAUGAGAAAUAGCAAAAAGAUAAACAGACAAAGUCUCAGCGAACACAUGUUCAAGCAAAUAAACGAAGAACCGACGAUGAAGAGAAGUAUAUCCCAACAGAGUCUAAAGCAGGAUAUAGCUAUGGAGGCUGUAAUGAUAGACAUGCCUUCGCUAGAAGGGAAAUAUGACACGUACAAAAGUGGUACCAGUACGAUAAGGAGUGGUACCAGCACUGGCAGUGAUGAGGAGAAAACCUUCAGCAGAUGGGGAGCGGUCAGAGGGUCGAACAGCUACUCCAACACGCCAAACGUUCCAGUGAGCCAGUUGUCCACAUUGAAUUUGAAGGAAAUAGCAACAGAUAAGUCUAAGGAACCACCGGACUCUAUAGUU